GAUAAUAUUCAUACUAAAUUAGACUUUAAUAUUAAAAAUUCACCCGUACUUGUUGCAUUAGAAUCACCCUCUAAUAGUUCUUUUCAAGUAACUUUUGUUUUUCAAAAUUUCAUUGCAGCAAAUCAAAAUGAACAUAAAAACAAUACUGAAGAAACUGAAAAUAAUGACUCUAAGCAGAAUCAAGAUACUGGUGAAAUAAUUCCAUUACAGCAUGGUUUAAUCGAUAAGAUUACUA